CAGAAGGAGAUCGGUAUUUUGUACGGAGCAGCGCUUAUUAUGAACACAAUCAUAGGGCCGGGAAUUUUUACAUCACCAAAAGGUGUUGUGAAAGGAGCAGGUUCAGUUGGACUUACUCUUCUUAUCUGGGGAGGGUUUGGUUUUUUUAGUGCAAUAGCUGGGCUGUGUUUUGCUGAAUUAAGAGAAUCGGUGACCAGGGAUGGAGUGGAGUAUGCAUAUAUUGCAGAAGCAUUCGGACCUCAUGCUUCAUUUGUCUACUGUUGGAUGAGAAUAGCAGCAGCCGAACCUGUGGCUACAGCUAUAUUCUGCAUGGCUUUUUCUGAUUAUACCAUGGAUUAUGCUUACGAUAAUUGUGGACCUACUCAACUCCACAGAAAGAUUUUAGGAAUUUUUGCUGUAGUUACUCUGGCAUAUUUAAAUGUAUUUAGUUCUAAAUUGUCUGAAAAGGUACAAAUAUUGGGGACCCUCGGGAAGACGAUUGCCUUGGCUAUAAUUAUUACUUGUGGAAUCAUUAAUUUAUCCAAAGGUAAUAAUCUGACAGAAUUGAAGACUGGAUUUGCUGACACUGAAACCAAUCCUACAUCAAUAACCUUGGCUAUUUAUAACUGUUUAUGGGCUUACGGUGGAUGGGCGAGUGUCAACAACGUUACGAAGGGGGUCAAAAAACCACCAAGAAAUUUACCGCGGUUGAUUAAAGUAACCAUACCGACUGUUGGAGUAAUAUUUAUGCUGGUUGUAACUGCAUAUUUUACUGUCAUGACAAGAGAAGAAUUAGUCAAUUCUGAGGCAAUUGGAGUGACGUUUGGUGAAAGAGCAUUAGGAAAAUGUGGCGCUAUUAUACCGAUCUGUGUAGGAUUCUUGGCCUUAAGAAGCGCAAAUUCUACUUUUCUUGAUGCUGGCAAAUUGUCUGGAGUUGCUGUCAAAGAUCACUCGAUGCCAGAAGUUACAUCAUUUGUGCAUGUUAGGAGUAAAACGCCUUUAGUCACCGUUAUUACCAGGGCAAUGAUAGCUAUUGUGAUGAUUAUGCUUGGAACAUUGUCAUCUCUCCUGAACUUUUUUAUUUUCAUUGUAUGGGCCUUCCAUGGUUUCUCCAUCUUGGCUUUAAUUGUUCUACGCUUUAAAAAUAAAGAAAAGGUUCGACCAUAUAAGGUUUAUCUCUUUCUACCAGUAAUAGUCGUGGUUGGUAUAACAGCGAUACUAAUAACACCAUUUUUGGAAAAGCCCAAGCUUGAAUUUAUUUUAGCUGUAUCCUUCUUCAUGUUGUCCAUUAUUUGCUACUAUCCUGUUAAAUAUUUAAGGAGCAGUGAACUGUACCAGCAUACUAAUAUGGGUAAGGAAUUGAAUAACGCGUUGAAUUUGGGCUUUACUCUGUCGGUAAUAAUGCAGGUCAAGCUAUCCUUCCUGUACAACUCUGUAUCUGAAUCAGUCUACUCAACACCCCAUUCGGAGAGACCACAUAACCAGUUAUGUCUAUUUUCAAAUUCAUGCAGGCCACCAAUAUGGUUCUUUGUGUGUUUCCCUCACUUCAUAUAA